GUCGGUGGUUGAGGAACUUAAGUCGGAUGUCAAUACAUAUUGCUACCGUGAAAGGCCUGGAAAAACGGAGAGCUUGUACGCGACUUGCGGUGUUCAGCGAGUAACAAGGGGGGAAAGGAGAUUGCGCAGCUCAGCAGCAGGGUGGAAAAGGAGAUUGCGCAGCUCAGCAGUAGGGUGGAAAAAAGGAGAUUGCGCGGCUCAGCAGUAGCGCGAAGGAGGGAUCCCUAGUACUGAGUGCUGCGCCUUGCGGGCAACAGAUUGAGUGGGUAGAAAAUGCCUCGAAGAAAGAACGGAGGUAAGCCCGAAGGGGAAGGCAAUGGCCAAGGUCGAGCGGUUGUAUCACCGCCCGGUUCAGGUUCGGCUUCAGGUUCGGCGGGAGGGUCAGCAUUCCCAGGAGAGAGGCGUCAAGCCGCAGGUUCAGUUUCGGGGGGAGUGUCGUCUCCCCAGGGACAAGUGCGUCCGUCUCAAGCCUCAAGCUCAUCAUCUUCUGCGCCGAUGGCUGAGAGAGGUGGAGCGAGGGGAGGAAGGGGAUCAGCAGCGGUCACAGGUCUUCCUCAGGCCUCAAGCUCAUCAUCGUCUGCGCCGAUGGCUGAGAGAGGUGGAGCGAGGGGAGGAAGGGGAUCAGCAGCGGUCACAGGUCCUCCUCGAGCCUCAAGCUCAUCAUCCUCUGCGCCGAUGACUGAGAGAGGUGGAGCGAGGGGAGGAGGCGGAUCAGCAUCGGUCAUCACAGGUCCUCAACCUGUACCCCUUCGACAGGUCGUCUCCAAGUCGGUCUUGUCCUCUCAGUUGUCACGGAUGACACUUGGUGCUCCUCGCGCGGGGCCACCCAGCCAAGUCGUGUCGUUCGUGAAGAGGCCUGGGAAAGGGAGGGUCGGGUUACCCUGUAUGCUUUCGGUGAAUCAUUUUGCGGCUUCCGUCAGUAACAAUCCUAUCUACCAUUACGACGUUGUCAUUGAAGCCUGUCCAGAGAAUGGCAAGGACCCAGCGGGAGAGGUGACAAGCAAGAAAUUAAGGCGAGCGGUUUUUAAUGCGCUUGUUCAUCAGUAUCGCCCAACUGACUUGUCAAAUUCACUCCCGGCAUUUGAUUCCAACAAGAAUAUGUACUCCUCUCGGAAGAUCACCAUAAAACCGCCAGGUCUUUUUGUGACUUUGCCGGAGGAGGAUGGCAGGGACCGGCAAAGAAAGUUCAGGGUGGAGAUCAAGCUGGUUCGGGUCUUGGAUGGUUCUGCCAUGCAGGAGUACAUAGCUGGCAGGAGUGAAGCCCCGCCACAGGAUGUUAUCAAUGCAUUAGAUAUCGUCUUGAAAGAGGCUGGCCUCAGAUGCGGGCAUGUCCAAGCUGGAAAGUCCAUGUAUAAUCGGGAUUUCGGCUGGGCAAAAAUCUCGGGGGGUUUGACUGCGUACAGGGGUUUUUAUCAAUCACUGAGACUUGCAGAGAAGGGUCUGACCCUUAAUCUUGAUAUCGCUUGCACUGCAUUCCUCUCCGAUGAUUAUGUCGUUGUCUUUUGGGAAGAGAUGCUACGGCGUGAUCUUCGGAGAUAUAAUCCUUCUGCUAAGGAUUUCAACAAGACUUCCCAAGCCGGUAGUUCAGGUGCCGCCGGGCCAACGGUCGCGCAGACUGUGAGUGCGUCCACUGGCAUUAUGGCAAGCCAGGCCGCGGUGUUAACUCCAGAGGAUGUCGCCAUCUAUCAGGCAGCCCUGCAGGAGGCACAGCUACAACGGGCAUUAGGGGAGAUAAAAGGGGAAAAAGAAAAGAUGAUAAGAAGAAGAGCCAAGAUGCAGCGGAGAGGGGCAGACAUAGAGGAGUUAGAGACGAUGGACCUGACGAACAUGGAUGAUGAUGUGAGGGUAGUUAGGAGGGCCCUGCUAGGAGUAAUAGAGAUGCAGGAGCAUCAGGCUACCAUCCUUCAAGACAUCCAGCAGAGCCUAGCCAUACUGGCAGGGCGUCCUCAGACAGCACCAUCACCCGUCGGGCCUGGUGCCUGGCCCGUGCCAUAUCCUCCUUUUUCUGUCCCACCGGUGACAGGGGUAUCCCCAUAUGUAGCCCCGUCAUCGGUUGCUAUCGUUUCCCUGGGCAUGUCGCUGUCAAGAGCAGCAGGGAGUAGUUUGCAGGUUCCUGUACAGACAGUGUUUACUCCAAGUCCGACGCAGGUUGCGGUCACCACGCAGCCUGCUGUCUCGCAGCCUGUGCAGCCUCAGGGCACGCAGCCCCAGCAGCUGGCACAACAACCUGGAGUGAUGCAGGGACCGGGACAAACUCAAUGGGUUCCGAAGACGGCCAUCGUCGCUCCCAAACCUUUUACAGGGGACAAGAGAGGCGAAGACCUCGACACAUGGUUGAGGGCAGUGCCGGUCUACGUCAGGUGCAAACUCACCUUGCCGCACGAAGAGGUGCUUGUGGCUGCUUCCUACCUAGAGGGUAGUGCAGCAAGAUGGUUGAGCGGUCUAGUGCAACUUCAGGGAUAUGGUCAUGACUUCGGCGCUUGGGCGGCCUCCCAAAAAUUGGACUUCCUGAAGAUGGUGGAAGAGAGGUGGCAUGAUCCUCAGGAGGCCCAAAGGGCCACUGACACGAUCCUGACACUGCACACGCGGCAAUUUAAGUCAGUAAGGGAAGCCACCGACGCUGUUGAGCAUCUGAUCUGUGUCCCUGGGGUUCGCUAUGACCCCCAGGUCCUGUUGACUUCGUACCUGAGAUGCUUUUCUCAGCCUGUCAGGAACCAGUUGGCAAAAGAGGCCAACAUCAAUAUGCACAACUUCCCUUCGUUUUGCAAGGUGGCCCUAGACCUUGAAGCUAAGAUAGGGCAUGGACAAGCACCCACUACGGAUGGGAGGAAGAAGACACUGCCUCCUAACUGGAAGGCGAAAGGUCGCUUGAUGUUUGUCGACAAUGAUGGUUCAACCAUCGAGGUGGACGGCAACUUCCAGGAGGGAGUAGGUUCAAAGGCAGGCAGCAUAGAUGCUUCAGAAGGUGGAGUAGUCGCUUUCGUAUCUCAAAAAGGCGAGCUUGACGAGCUUCACCGACAACUCAAGGAACUCGUAGAGAAGGGGUGGAACCGACCGAGUGUCUCUCCUUAUGGGUCUCCAGUUUUAUUUGUACCUAAGAAGAAGGAGGGUACUCUUAGGAUGUGCAUUGACUAUAGGGGCCUCAAUGCCAUCACUGUAAAGAAUCGAGAGCCCCUACCGCGCAUCGAUGAUCUGUUAGAUAGAGUGCAAGGGUGUCGGUACUUCAGUAAGAUAGAUCUGAAGUCCGGGUACCAUCAGAUUGCAAUCCGACCCGAGGAUCAAUACAAAACCGCCUUUCAGACGAGGUACGGUCUGUACGAGUUUGUGGUGAUGCCUUUCGGCCUUUGCAAUGCUCCUGGCACCUUUCAGCACGCUAUGAAUCGGAUAUUCCAUGACUACUUGGAUAAGUAUGUCGUCGUGUACCUCGAUGACAUACUUAUUUUUAGUAAAACUGUCGAGGAGCACGUUGCACAUUUGGACAAAGUCCUCAGUCUCCUGCGACAACACAAGUUCAAGAUCAACGGUGAGAAGUGCGAGUUUGGCCGCACCCGUGUCUUGUACUUGGGUCAUGAGAUCUCCGCGGAAGGGUUGAAGCCCGAUGACGCGAAGGAGGCCAGCAUUCGUGAUUGGCAACGUCCUCAGCCUGUGACUGAGAUGAAAUCUUUCUUAGGAAUGACUGGCUACUACAGAACUUUCGUUAAGAACUAUAGCAUAGUGGCCGCUCCUUUGACUGAUCUGACCCGCCUUGACACCCCAUGGGAGUGGACAGAUAAGUGCGAGGCUGCUUUCAGACGUCUGAAGCAUGCGUUGACGAACUACGAGGUCUUGAAACUUCCUGAUCCUGACAAGCCGUUCAUAGUCACCACGGAUGCCAGCCAAUAUGGCAUUGGCACCGUGCUCGCGCAGCAGGAGGGGCCAAAGUUGAGGCCAGUCGAGACUGAUCAUCAGACCCUGAGAUGGAUGAGAACUCAGCCCGUACUUUCUGACGCUCUGAAGCGUUGGAUCGAAGUCAUUGAGCAGUAUGACUUCGACCCCCAGUAUCUCAAAGGGGAGUACAACAAGGUGGCUGAUGCCUUGUCGCGUAGACCUGACUUUUCAGGUGCGCUGAUUACUGAGUUCGUCCUCAUGGACGAUGUAACUCACUCUUUGGUGGAUGCCUAUCGCGAGGAUCAGUUUAUGUCGGAGAUCAUACGCAGACUCGAGGCGAAGGACAAUAAGACCUCAGCCGAGUUUGAGUUGGUCAACGGUUUGCUGUUUCUUGAGAAGGCCGGGAAUAAACGAUUGCGCGUCCCAAGUAGAGAGUCUUUGUGUAGUUUAUUUUUAGGAGAAUGCCAUGAUGCCACCGGCCAUUUUGGGUAUAAGAAGACUGCAGCCAACUUGCUGCAGUGGUUCUGGUGGCCCAUGAUGUUGCGAGAUGCUCAGUUGUAUGUGGAGACUUGUCAAGUGUGUCAACGAGACAAGCCACGUACUCAGGCUCCUCUUGGGCUUCUGAAGCCCCUUCCGAUUCCGGAACGGCCUGGUGAGAGUCUUUGCAUGGAUUUCAUGGAUACUCUGAUCACCAGCAAGAGUGGGAUGCGGCACAUCUUCGUCAUCGUGGAUAGAUUUAGUAAGUAUGCUAGGCUAGUAGCCAUGCCAGAAACAACAAGAACGGAGUACGUGAUCCGAAUGUUCAAAGAAAACUGGGUUAGAGACUUUGGUUUACCCAAGUCUAUUGUUAGUGACAGGGAUGUCAGGUUUACCAGCGAGUUGUGGAAGGCUGCUGCUGCAGAGCAGGGCACUCAGUUGCAAAUGACUUCUGGAAAUCACCCAGAGGCCAAUGGCCAGGGCGUGGGGAGGUGGUGGGUAGGUGCUUCGGCGGGGUCGGUGGGGAGGUGGUGGGUAGGUGCUUCGGCCGUUUCGGUGGGGAGGUCGUGGGUAGGUGCUUCCGCCGGCUCGGUGGGGAAGUGGUGGGUAGGUGCUUCGGUCUGCUCGGUGGGGAGGUGGUGGGGAGGUGCUUCAGCCGGCUCGGUAGGGAGGUGCUUCGGCCGGCUCGGUUGGGAGGUGGUUGCGAGGUGCUUCGACCGGCUCGCUGGGGAGGUGGUGGGUAGUUGCUUCGGCCGGCUCGGUGGGGAGGUGGUGGGUAAGUGCUUCGGCCGACUCGGUGGGGAGGUGGUGGGUAGGUGCUUCGGCCGUUUCGGUGGGGAGGUCGUGGGUAGGUCCUUCCGCCCGCUCGGUGGGGAAGUGCUGAAGAAGGCCCUCAGGAAGGUUCAAAUCGAAGUAACACAUCAAGGGUACCCUCGAAAACACAUAAUCGAGGAUCUUUCGCCACAUUCAGCUGCCUCAGCAAGCUUCGAAAUGACAGACAAUGCAGGUGAGACUAGGAGAAUAAGCGUUGCAGAGUACUUCAGCAAGACGUACGGCAUCGAGCUGUAUUAUCCGCAUCUUCCAUGUGUAGUUGUCGGGAAAAAAGGGAACAUGAUUCCAAUGGAGCUGUGCAAGAUAUUGCCAAAUCAGCGAUAUCGAAAGAAGCUGGACGAUUCUCAAGUGACAGAUAUGUUGCGGUUCGCUCAGGAGAGGCCACAGCAGCGCCAGGGGAGUAUUCUUAAGAUGCAUGGCAGAAAUACUCGAGAUGAGGAAGCCUAUCUUCAAGAGUUUGGUAUUCAUUUUGGCAACGAACUGAUGCGGAUUCCGGGAAGACUUCUGCCGCCUCCUACGUUGCGUUCUAGUCAAAAGUUCACUCCAGAGAUGGGCCAAUGGAACAUGAUGAACAAGAGGUUCUAUCAUGGUGCUGAAGUGAAGCGUUGGGGGAUCGUUGAUUUUGGCCGAUAUGCAAACCGUCGUAUUAAUGGACAACUGCAAGCAGAAGUCUUUGGGAGAGCACUCGUACGGCGGUGCCAAGAGCUAGGGAUGCUAUUCCAGGCCCCGGCAUUCCCACCACAUAUUGGAGGGUUAGAGCAGAUGGAGACCACCUUGCGGACAAUACAGCAGAAGGCUUACAAUGGAAGGAGCCAACAGAGGAGAGAUAGUGGUGAAGGAAGUACAGACGUUUUCCUUCUGCUUGUCAUUUUUCCCGUGAGGGGCCCAUUUUAUGGUGAUCUUAAGCGGAUCUGUGAGACAGAGCUUGGAAUGCUUACACAAUGUGUGCUUGAGGACAAAGCUGCUAAAGCUCAAUCCCAAUACCUGGCGAAUGUGGCUCUGAAGAUCAAUGCCAAGAUGGGAGGCACCCACACGGCUGUCAGCGAGAUGAUUGAGAACAAACUGCCAUUCGUAUGUAAUACGCCUACAGUUAUAUUUGGUGCUGAUGUGACCCACCCCCCACCUGGCGAGCAGUCAGCUUCAAUUGCUUCGAUCGCCGGCGCGGAACGGGCAAGGAAGGCGAUUGCGGUUGGCUUGACGGCUGAUCCGUAUUUGCGUCUUCGACAUCUGAUCCCGUGCCUUGACAAGAAGCUCUUGCAUGCGACGAAGGAACGCAAGAUGGUCGUCGCUCUCGGCUGUGCACGACAAAGUGGCAUCCAGCGGCGAUGAGAUGGGUGAACCAUGCUCAAACUUGAAUGGCGACAUCCCGAUAGCCGGAUGGAUCGAUGAGUUGUAAGCCAACUCAACGUC